AUGGCCACCCAACUGAUGGGCGAUGCCGUCCACUUCCUGCUUCGGCGAGCACAGGACUCCGACUCCGACCCUGAUGAUACUCCCGAGGCGGGCGCAAAGGAGAUGACCAGCUCCUGGGCGCUGUUUAUCAUGAUCAUGCUAUUGAUCUUCGCCCUGUUCACGAGCUACAUCCUGCAGCAGAAGAAGAUCCAGGCGGUGCACGAGACGGUCCUAUCGAUUUUUGCGGGGAUGUUCGUCGGGCUGAUUAUCCGGUUAACCCCCAAAUCAAACCUCCAAGACAGUGUCGCUUUCGACUACCAAUUCUUCUUUAACCUCCUCCUCCCCCCAAUCAUUCUCGCCUCAGGCUACGAGUUACACCAAGCCAACUUCUUCCGCCAUAUCGGCACAAUCCUCACCUUCGCGUUCGCGGGCACCUUCAUUUCGGCCAUCGUGCUCGGCCUGGUUCUGUACCUGUGGACGCGAAUCCCGCUGGACGGGCUCAACAUCUCUUUCGUGGAGGCUAUCUCCGUGGGCGCCACGCUCUCCGCCACAGAUCCGGUCACCAUCCUGGCCAUCUUCAACCUGUACAAAGUCGAGCCAAAGCUAUACACGAUCAUCUUUGGCGAGUCGAUCUUGAACGAUGCCGUUGCUAUCGUGUUGUUCGAGACCGCGCAGAAAUAUGCAGAUAGCGAGGCUGGCUCGCUGACCAUCCUCAACUUGUUUGAGGCCAUCGGGCUCUUCUUGCUCGUUUUCUUUGGUAGCAUGGUCAUCGGUAUCAUUACGGGAAUCGUAACCGCGCUGGGACUCAAGUAUACGUUGGUGCGUCGGAUGCCGAAGAUCGAGAGCUGUCUCGUGGUUCUCGUUGCAUAUGCCAGCUACUUCUUCUCCAAUGGCGUAUAUCUCUCUGGCAUUGUCUCGCUCCUUUUCUGCGGAAUUACUCUCAAGCAUUAUGCUUACUACAACAUGUCGCGCCGCACACAAUUGUCCACUAAAUAUCUGUUCCAAGUGAUGGCGCAGUUGUCCGAGAAUUUUAUCUUUAUUUAUCUCGGCCUGGAUUUGUUCGUCGAGCCCAACCUUCAGUUCAACCCGCUGUUUAUCCUUGUGGCGGUCUUCGGCAUCUGUCUCGCACGUUACCUCGCCGUUUUCCCGCUCUCAAAGGCGAUUAAUUGGUUCAUCCGGUACCGUGCGCGGCGCCGGGGAGUGGAAGUUGCAGACGAGCUGCCCUUCGCCUACCAGGCAAUGCUUUUCUGGGCUGGGCUGCGCGGUGCUGUCGGCGUCGCGCUUGCCGCGGGUCUCUCCGGUGUCAACGCGGCGUCACUACGGGCCACCGUUCUCGUUGUGGUGGUGCUCACUGUCAUUGUGUUUGGAGGCACCACGGCUCGCAUGCUGGAGAUCAUGGGUAUUCGAACUGGUGUUGUCGAGGAGCUUGAUUCAGACGAUGAAUUCGAUAUUGAAGUCACCAACGGCGGUACCUACUAUAAGCGGUCUGACACCGGUAUCGGCUAUACACCGCGGUAUGGAGAGGCAAGCAUUCCUCUCGACGGCGUCGGUGGUGCACCACGCAACACCCUGGGCGAUCGAGCACACAGCUACUCGAGCGGGAACAAUCGCCGUCCGAGUCCGCCUCACACCCACACACGCAUGUACUCGACAGCCUACAGUCCCAAGGACGCACAGGCACGGCGCGAUCAUUCCUCCACCGCAACCCUGCUCAAUAACGGGCAUGUCGGACCCAGCUCCGGCAGCGGCAGUGACGACGAAUUCGGCCUGCCACCAACCGGCAAGAAGAAUAGUCAGCCCACCCAUCCAGAUGAGUUCGACCUCGACCUCGAGGGCAUCUCCGACGACGACCUCCCGCCUGCUGCCCACGCGGCGCCCACUUCAUCUCGCAUGCGCCGUUCAGCCUCGCAGGCUAGCCAGCCCUCACACCUUGCCUCCCCCCACAACGCCGCCACCCCAGCCAGCGUCUCACCCUCGCGUCAGCCAGCCCUGAGCGCCCGAGAAGCUCUUCGGGAUUUGUUCUCCGGCGGCGCAAGCGGCGACCACGCCGCAUGGUUCCGCCAAAUCGACGAGGACUAUAUCAAGCCCACGCUCUUACUCGACCAAUCGAAUCACAAGGGCCCGGGCCCGGGAGCUGUUUGA